AACAUGUACUAUCACUGAUAUUAGUUCUGCAACAGUAACAUCCACUAUAACCUGUUCAACAGGAACACCUACCUUGAGCGCUUGCCCUGAUAACGAACAGGUGCCUGAUGAUUGCGAUAAAUGCGAACAAACAACAACAGUAACUUGCACACCUACUACGACCGUUUGUGCACCUACAUGUGUUCCCGAUGGAGGUCCAUGUGAUCUUGGUAAUCCAGGAGCAUGUUGCAGUCUAACUUGCUGUAAUUUUAAUCCUCCAGCUCAUCCUACUUGCUGUUUAUGA